UGCAGCAAUGUUGACAGGGCAUAACAACACAGUCUUUGUGCAACGCAUUUUCUUUACUAUCAACCAAUUAAAACAGAAAAUUGAACAUUUUCCAUGCCAAACAAUAACUAAUUGCACAACAGCCCCAACCAGCAGACACUGUAGGUGCCGCAACGCCUCGUCGCUGGACAAAAUGACGGCGCGCAAUCCCCAAACAUUGAUGGCGCUGCCCAGCGAGGAGAAUUUCGAUUUUCUGUUCAAGAUCGUGCUAAUCGGGGACUGUUGCACGGGCAAAACAUCCAUAUUGCAGCGCUUCAAGACGGGCAACUAUGUGGAGCGGCACGGUAACACAAUUGGCGUCGAUUUCUCAAUGAAAACCAUUGAGGUUGAGGGCAAACAAGUCAAGCUACAAAUCUGGGAUACUGCCGGCCAGGAGCGCUUUCGCACCAUCACCCAGAGCUAUUAUCGUGCCAACAAUGGCGUCAUAAUUGUUUACGACAUCACAAAGCGAUCGACAUUCGCCAAUUUACAGAAAUGGAUUGAGGAGGUGCGCAGAUAUACGGCAUCCAAUGUGCUGAUCAUAUUGAUUGGCAAUAAAUGUGAUCUCGAGGCGGAGCGUGAGGUGGACUUUGAGGAGGCGCGCCAAAUGUGUCAAUAUAUACCUGAAAUUCUGUUCGUUAUGGAAACAUCCGCCAAGGAGAACACCAAUGUGGAGGACGCCUUUCGCUGUCUGGCCACCGAACUGAAGCACCAACACGAUGCCAGCAGCGUGCAGGAGAAUCUGGACGACAACACCGUGCAGCUGGGCCAGAGUAAGCCGCUCAAGAGUUGCAGCAGCUCGUGCAAUCUCACAUAGACAUCUCCAAUCGAUUUGGUUUUCGUUCUCUUUUUUCACUUUUAUUUUGUGAUCAUAUUUUCGUGUGGCUAUAAUUUAGUAUUUAUAUAUAUAUUUAUAUAUACACAUAUAUAUUUAUAUAUAUGUUUUAAUCUUGAAACUGUUAAUUGUUUUGUGUGCAAACUUAAUUUAUUCAUUUAACAUACAUACAAACAUUCAUAUUUAUAUUUAUUUUGGUGGCUAGAGUACAAAACAAUCUCACACAUCAAAUGCAAAACGAAUUAACAACGUCAAUUACAAAUUAAUGCAUUAAUGUUCAGUUCGUAACAGUAAAAAUACGUCCAAUUCUGUAUGUGUAA